AUGCAUUCUUUCGUGAUUCUCUCGCUAUUUGAGCUGGCUGUAUCAGCAGUUACCACAAGCGAAACCACAUAUGAUUAUGUCAUCGUUGGAGGUGGCACAACAAGCUUAGUCGUUGUAAACAGGCUCAGCGAAGAUCAGAACAUAUUAGUCAUCGAAAAUGGCGCUCUCAGCAACAGCACCCUCUCCAGAAUCCCCGGCAAUUCAGGUGGCUUAAACCUUGCAGCCAUGUACGACAUCUACAGCGCUCCAGACCUAAAGUCGUACUUUAUGAAAAACAAUCACUUCGACGCACCAUCGAAUGAAACUACCGAGGAAUUUGCCAUCGAGCAUGAUGCGAAGGCUUAUGGAAACGGCCCGCUCAAGGUUUCUAUUCCGGACUACCAACUUCCUGAUAUAAAGACUAUACACCAUUCGUGGGAUAAUGUUGAUAUUCCUCAUCCGCAGGAAGGUUUCUUGGAGCCUAUUAGUCAUUAUUGGUCGCCAAACUCGAUUGAUAAAGCCACGGCUACACGGUCUACCGCACGUACAGCGUACUAUGAUCCCAUCGUGUCGCGUAAGGACUUCAAGCUAAUGACGGAAACCCAUGUUGAUGAAAUCACUUUCUCAAAGGACAGAGCUGUUUUCGCAGCCAAAGAAGUCAUUCUCGCCACUGGAGGUGUAUUCACACCACACUUACUCAUGUACUCUAGUAUUGGCCCCAAAGAUGUACUCGAGGCCGCUGGUGUCGCUGUAAAGAAUGACCUCCCAGCCGUUAGCUCCAACUUCCAAGACCACAUUGCCAACUACAUGAAUUUCGAUCUGCAAAACCUAAACGCAGAGAGCAUGGGCGCCCUCAACACCAACACGACUUUCAACCAGACAACAUACGCCGAGUACUCAAAGUCACGCACUGGUCCCUAUUCCACCGGCAAAUCAAACGGCUUAAUCUUCCUCGCCCUCCAACACUUCUCCCCGUCCUUCAACGCCACACGCGCCAUCCUCGCCACCCAAUUCUCCUGCACCACCGCCGCCGUCGGCGAAAUCGUAAUUCAACCCGGCGGCCUCUCCAGCAUCGCAAACAACAAGCCCCUCUCUCGCGACAUCAUGGUAGCGCUCGCGCGAUUUAACCGCACUCACUGGGCAUCCUCACCGGCACUUGCUCCUUACAGCCCCGUUGAAACUAGCCCAGGGCCGCAGUAUCAGACGGACGAAGAGAUUAUUCAGGGAAGUGUAAGGUUGGGGUCGUUACAACCGUCGUUUGCGCAUCCGAGUGGUGGGUGUAGUAUGAUGCCUGAGGAGCUGGGAGGCUGUGUUAGUGAUGAGUUGUUGGUGUAUGGAGUGCAGUGGUUGAGUGUAGUGAAUGUGAGUAUUGUGUCGAUGAUUCUGGCGGCGCAUUUGCAGGCGACUAUGUGUGCGGUUGCGGAGAAGGCGGCUGAUCUGAUAAAGGGGAGAGGGUAG